AUGUCUGCCGCUAACAUUUGCAACACAAGCUUCACAAAGAUUUCCUUUUGUGAGCCUCCCACCCUCUACUCCAGAGUAUGGGAGAACCUCACCAACAAGAUUGACAAGCCUUCGCUUGUCCACAACGAAACUAUUCAACAAUGCUCCCGCAAUCUUCAUUUGCUUAAGGACUUGCAUGUCUUAAAGACAAAGUCCGUUUUGCCUGGCCACUUCCAUGGUUUCAGGCCCUCAGUCAUUGCUAAGACCCCAAUUAGCUACUUGACUGGAGAACUCUCCUACAUUAGGAGACCAAACAAGGCCGCUGAGACCUUUUUGCCGGGCGAUUUUGCCGAAUUCUACGAAAUUUGGACCCAGCCCAUCAACACUGAAGUUUUUCUUCCCGGAGACUUCGCUGGAUUUAUCGAUAUCUGGGCUCAGGAAGAGAAGCAUGUUCAGGCGAGCCUUAUCACAAACACAAAGACGCCUAUUUUUGAGGAAUUCUCAGAUAUUUGUGAGGAUUCCGAUAUUUCUAUUCCCUACAUGGCUGGUGACUUUGCUGGAUUUUUCGACGGUUGCUUUGAAAAGCAGACCAAGACGUACUGGCCCGCCGACUUCUUCAACUACGAAAAGGUUAAGACCAAGCGCCACUCCUACUUGCCUGGCAGUUUUUACUUUUUUGGCCAAGUCUUCAAGAAUGAUGAUGCCCCAGCGUUUCUCCCCGGCGACUUGGAAGAUUUCUUUGAUAUUUGGACUACUGAGUCUUUCAGCAUUGAUGUUCCCCAAAUCGUCAAUGCUCUUGCACCUUCCGACUUCCCCUGCUUCUUCCACACCUGGGUCUCUUCCCCAAAGACCAGGCCAGUCUACUUCCCCUGUGACUUCUACUUUUGGAAGAACGCAACAGCAGAAGAGCAGCCAGAAAUCUUUUUCCCCAAGGAUUUCUACUUCUGGCAGAAUGCCCUAGUUGAGCCUUCUCCUGCCUUUAUGCCAUGCGAAUUUACUGGAUUCCUCGGAGUCUGGUUAUCUUCAGGCUACAAGGAAGCUCCAGCAAAAGAGGAAGUUCCAAAAAAGGCAGCUCCAAAGAAGGCUUCAAAGAAGGCUCGCAAGAAGGCUCCAAAGAAGUCGACAGCCAAAGUCCACACUAUUCGCCGUUCGUACUGGCCACGCAGAAGUGUAGAAUCCUUGACUUUCAAGUUGGUUCUCCCUGGUGACGAGUCGAGUGAUGAGGAUCUGAGUGUUUUUGAUGUUCCUCGAUUCUAUGAGUCGGACCCCAGUGAUGCCGAGCUUGAGGCGUACCUCGAUAAGGUGGACUGA